AGAAUGGCGUCACUUAGCGUCAUCCAAUAGGAGACACGCGCUUGCCGGUUAUCAGCUCGUCAUCACUGAUAGAGUCCAUUGACCGGAGAUCGGCGCCUCAGAUGCGGGGAUCGAAGCACUCAAAGCGGGCGUGAGAUCUGCCGACGACCGCUGUCUGGAUUCUGCUUCGGAAACUCCCACACUCGCCUGAACUAGGACACUUCUGUAUGGGGAAACAUUCGCAAAACUUGUGAAACUCGCAGUAUCCGUUCCCUUGGAUGAGUUGUUGCACUAAACUUUGUUGUACUACUUUGUAUGUGUGUUGUUGUUUGGCGGUUGAUCGUGUGGUUCACACGCACCGAUGUUAGCGGUCGGGCAGAUGGAUAGUAACCGGCAGAGUGCGUUCGUUCUGGGCAGCACUCCACUGGCUGCGCUGCACAACAUGACCGAGAUGAAGACCUCUUUAUUCCCGUACACCCUGCAGAACCCCGCGGGCUUCAAGGCUCAUUCUUUCGCCAACCUGAACUCUCAGAUCCCGCUCGGAACACCGCAUGGAAUAAGCGAUAUCUUGGGGAGACCCAUCACCACGGCCGGACAGCUUCUCUCGGGCUUUCCCCGGAUCAACGGCUUGGCCACAACAGCUGGGAUGUACUUCAACCCGGCGGCCGUGUCUCGGUAUCCCAAACCCCUGACGGAGCUGCCCGGCAGGGCGCCCAUAUUCUGGCCGGGAAUGAUGCAAGGGUCGCCCUGGAGAGACCCGCGGGUUGGCUGUCCGGCCCAGGCGAAUAUGAUGCUGGACAAGGAUGGCAAGAAGAAACAUUCCAGACCAACUUUUUCAGGACAGCAGAUUUUCGCGCUGGAGAAAACCUUCGAACAGACCAAAUACCUGGCCGGUCCAGAGAGAGCUCGCCUCGCAUAUUCUCUGGGCAUGACCGAGAGUCAAGUCAAGGUUUGGUUUCAGAACAGAAGAACCAAAUGGCGGAAGAGGCACGCGGCUGAAAUGGCCACGGCUAAAAAGAAACACGACUCAGAGACGGAGAAAAUGAAGGAGAGUUCGGACAACGAGGAGGAUGAUGAAUAUAACAAACCUCUGGACCCGAACUCCGACGACGAGAAAAUCACAAGACUGUUGAAAAAGCACAAGACGAGUAACCUGUCGCUCAUCAGCCCGUGCAGUAACAGCUCGGACACUUUGUGAUGAAACUGAGCAAAAGACUCUUCAUUAUCAUCAUCAUCAUCAUCAUCUGCCUCAGAUUCUUCUGGGAAAAUGAGGCAGAGUUAAGCAGGGUAUAAACACACUGUUCACGCGGCUUUUGCUUUGCUUUGAAUGCGGUUGUACAGUUAGAAGUGGACGUGAGAUGUAUAUAUAUUUUUUACUGAGUAAAUUAUGUUAUGAAAGCAUCACGAAGACGUGCCAACUUUCCCCUCAUCAUCAUCAUUUAAGAUCAUCUUUGUCUUCGAUCGCAGAAGAAUAACGACGCCUCUUUCGCCUAAAAGUUUCACUUUUUUUAUUAUUUUGAAAACAGGUACACAAAGUGUAUAAAAGUGCCAGUGCUGUAAAUUAUGUGAAUAGAAUUUGUUUUAACAAUGUCCUAUUGGCCGCUUAUACUUUCAAUGGAAGGAGUUUAUGUUUUACCUCACAACACGAAAAAAUCUACUCAAAGAUGGACAUAAAUAUCGAUGAAGAGAAUAUUAUUGCUUCCGUGAUGAAGGAAGAAAAAACUUUGUAUUAUCAAUAAAUUAUUUAACAAGCCAA